CACAGGGGCAUGAAGUUUUAACUUUGGCCGGGAAAAUUUAUUUCUUUAGGAAUUUCAGCCCGAUCGAUACUUUCUAUUCUGUUUUGUCAAAAAACAACGAUGCCAAAAAAUCAGGACGUAGUAAAUGCCUUACUAUUCGCGCAUAAUUUCGGAUAUAUCGAUGAUGUAGAAUUCGCAUUGCUUUAUGAUGUAAAUAGGCCUAGAAAUUUGGAAAUCCCCUACUGGCAGUAUGAUCAAUUCGACCUGGAAAACUUAUGAAAUGACGAAUGCAAAGCUGAAUUCAGGUUUUUAAAGGAAGACAUUUAUAGAUUAAUAAACGUACUUCAAUUGCCUCGAGAGCUUACUAUGUACAAUAGACUCAAAGUAGAUGCAGAAGAGGGCUUGUGUUUAUUGCUGAAAAGGUUUGCAUAUCCAUGCAGAUACUUGGACAUGGUUCCCCGUUUUGCCAGACCAAUACCGGAGAUGUGCAUCAUAUUCAAUCACAUGAUGAAGCUUAUAAACGAUAGAUGGGGGUUUCUUCUUACCCGCUUUAACCAGCCUCAUUUGUCCUCUGCCAACCUAAUAAAGUUUGCAGCUGCCAUUCACGCGAAGGGCGCUCCUUUAACAAAUUGUUGGGGAUUUAUUGAUGGUACCGUGCGACCCAUUUCAAGACCUGGAAACAACCAGAGAAUUGUUUAUAACGGACACAAAAGGGUCCAUGCAAUAAAAUUCCAGUCGGUUGCGACCCCGGAUGGAAUAGUUUCUUUGCUUUCUGGGCCUUACGAAGGGAGGAUCCACGACAGUGGUAUGCUGAGAAACUCAGGACUCCUCCCCCUCCUUGAGCAGUUUUCUGUUUCUCCAGAAGGGCAAGUAAUGUGCCUAUAUGGGGAUCCUGCAUAUCCGCUGCGGCCCCAAUUACAAGCCCCAUUUAAAGGGGCACAACUAACAGCAGAGCAGCAGCUGUGGAAUGCGAGAAUGAGCUCAGUAAGAGUAAGCGUCGAAUGGCUCUUUGGAGACAUCAUAAACUAUUUUCGUUUUGUUGACUUUAAAAAGAAUUUAAAAAUACAAUUAAGUGCUGUUGGCAUGUACAGAGUAUGUACACUGCUUAAAAAUGCAAGAUGCUGCUUAUAUGGAAGCAUGACAUCUGAGUAUUUUGUUUUAGAUCCGCCUCAAAUCCAGGACUACUUUGCUAUUCCUUGA